CGUGAACGACCUCACGUCCUCAACGAAAAGCAGCGCCGCUGUCGAGCUGUCCUCUGUCGGGGUUUUUGGGUGAAUUUCAGAGCUGUAAUCAUGGUUUUUGAGCGGAAGAUGAUCACUUACGACGACCCCGACGACGAGGAGGAAGAUGCCCCAGCUGAGGAAGAAGAGGGGGGAGAGGAGGAAGAGGAGGAAGAGGAAGAAGAGGAAGACAUGGUGGACCCUCUUGAUGCGAUACGAGCCAAGUGUGAGGAGACCGAACACUGUGUGCACUACAAGGAGCUUCUGGAGACGUGUGAAGCCCGAGUCGGCUCGAGAUCCAACACCACGGAGGAAUGCACGGAAGAACUCUUCGACUUCCUGCAUGCACGGGACCAUUGUGUAGCACACAAGCUGUUCCAUAAAGUGAAAUGAAACAUCCAGUCCAGCUUCCACCACUUCCAGCUGUAGAAUCUAUUUAUCUGCUAAAAUUGUAAAAUAAUUAAUCAGGGCCAUUCUGUUGUUGUUCUCCUGUGUAUUAAUGUAAAUUUCUUCUCUGAGAUCCCUGCACUAACUACAUGCCCCCCUCUGUGUACAGUGUUCACGUGUGUAGAUGGGGUCAGACGCAGCAUGUAACAUAUGAGUUGCUGCUUGUUUUAGUAAUGAGUGCUUUGAAGUUGUCGAGGGUCGUGCAGAGAAAAGGCUCAAACUCUCACUGUGGUCACUUCAUUUGCAAAAGCAAGUAGGCUGCUCUGGCAAUGCAUAUUUACCUCAGGUUUGGUCACGGAUACACUCUAACAGGGAAAUAAAGAUUUACUUUGGUUUCCAGUU